AUGUAUGUUUAUGAACCUGGUGAUGGAUUUUAUGGCAACGGCGCUAGAGUUGUUUCAAAAUAUUGUUUUGAUCAUUACGGAGACCGUUACAAGCAAUUUUUUAUCAGAUGUGGUGAUUAUUUCCAUGAACUACUUCAACAUGGCACUGAAUUCUUUGUUGAAAUGGAUGAAGAAUUUUGUCAGCAAAGAUGGGAAUCUAGUUGUGGAUGGUGUCACCUGGCAUUAUCUUAA